AGGCUCCAUCAAUUAUAAAAUAUACACAGUGCGCGGUUCUGUUGAGAUACCGCGUUAAUUGUAUUUGUUGUUUAGGAAGGGAAUGUCUUGGGGUGCAUCGAUAAAAGAAAAGGCGAAAAUGUCUCACAUUUUAUCCUCAAAGUGCCCCAAAGCCAAGAAAACAUCCCGACUUAUAUUGCGUGUGUCGAGCGAAGCUCACCAGGGAGGACGAAAAUGCAUGGAAGAUUUUACCUCGAUUCUCUUCGACCGUCAACACAUCGGCAAAGACAUCGGGCAAGCGUUUAUUGCGGUCUUUGACGGACACGGAGGAAGAGAAGCGGCCGUUUUUGCGCGAUCGAGGUUGUGGGAAACGAUCAAGAAACAGCGCGGUUUCUACUCGUCAGAUCCCGAACACGUAGUGAAAGCCAUCAAAGAAGGCUUCAUGGCUACGCAUCGAUCGAUGUGGAAAGUAUUAGAGAACUGGCCAAAGACCCGACAUGGAUUACCCAGCACAUCUGGGACAACGGUCACUGUGAUCAUCAUCAGAGGGCACAAGAUGUUCGUAGCACAUGUGGGAGACUCGGGUGCUGUACUAGCAUCCAAAGAACCUGGCACUAAACGUCUUGAGGCAUACCCACUAACUGAUGACCACAAACCUGAGGCCCCUCACGAGAAGCGGCGUAUUGAGGACCUUGGGGGAAGUGUUCUUGCAAGAAAUGGUGUCUACAGGGUGGCCUGGGAACGACCGGUUUGCCAUGGGCACAGGGGACCCAUGAGGAGGAGUACAAAAACUGAGCGAGUACCAUUUUUGGCAGUAUCAAGAUCUUUAGGUGAUUUGUGGAGCUUUGACUACUUCCGGGGCGAGUUCGUAGUGUCACCAGUACCAGAUGUAAAGGUAUAUACCAUCAACCCAGCCACGGACAAGCAUGUGAUCCUUGCCAGCGACGGACUAUGGGGUGUGGUGCAACCCGACGAUGCUGUGCGCUGUGUCAGUGACACUUUACGUAACCAUGACGACCUCCUGAGCUCUGACCUCUCACACAGACUUGUCUCCAAAGCGCUCUCAAGGUGGCGUGCACGUAAACUCCGUGCAGACAAUACAUCUGUAAUAGUUGUCUCUUUUGAGGAUGGCGGUGUUAAGCAUGACCCCAAGCCCACCCCUGAGGGUCUGGACAAUCAGACAGACACUGACACAGCAUCUGAUGUCACAACUGUAUUAUCAAGGGAAAGCUCAACAACAGGAAACCCACCAUUACAGGACUCCAACAGACCCCCUCUUGUGCGGAAAGUGGCUUUUUACUGCACAGAUAUUCCCCAGCUUCCAACUGUUGGAAGUACAGAAAACGUAUGAAUUUCUAUAAAAAGCCACAACAGAGUGAAUUAGAGAUAGACAACUAACAAUAACUCUCCCUAUUCUUCUGUAUGAAUUCUCAUGCUAACAAUGCUUGUGUCUGUCUUGAUAAAUACUUUCCAAUUCGGGCUGGUUCCCAUUGCAAUAUUUUUUAAAAAUCACAAUCCACAUAUUUUUGUUUGAUUGCAACAUUUCUCUUCUGUUUUCAAAAAGAUCCAAUACAAUUGUCCACAAGGGCUAUGUGGGGAUGUGGUCUUACUCAGGUCUUAUAAUAUUUUUGGUAUAGUCGCUUUGUGUGCAGUCACAUUUAAAUUUUAUUGUUAGUAGAGAAUGGGUUUAAAAGCUGUAUCAGUGGAUUGAAUCUCUGAUACAACAAGUACUUUCAAACUGUUUGGUAAUUGUAGUAUAGCUUGUCUGAUUUUUUUUGCUAUCGCCAUAAAAAAAUUUCAAUAGUUCUAUAAUACUCAGAGUACAGCUAAAUAUAAUACCCAGAAAAUGCAUUUCUGUUAUUUAAAACAGAAAAAAAACGUUCAUCAAGUCAGCAUAGCUCAUGUGCUUUUUUACAAUUGUACAUAUAUAUAGUAUAAAUAUAAAUCAUUGUACAGGUAUUUAUGCUUAAUUAUUUUGUGAGAAAAGGCAUAUGUAGAUUUUGAUCAAAUGUAUUGUCAAAGCAUUUUUUUAUGUAUGUGUUUUUGCGCACAAGAUCCAAAUGCAACCAGUUAAAACACUGGGGGUUUACCUCCAAAAAUAAUCCAUUUUAUUGUUAGGACAAUAAAUGUAUACUUGGUGUA